AUGUAUAAAAGUAUUACAGUGUAAACUUUGCCUCCUGAAUAAAUUCGUUAAUUCCAAGUAUUAUUGACUUUCCAAUACGUCAAAAACCUAGUGGAUAAAUGUGCUGAAUUCCUUCAAUACCAAGUCCAACUUUUUUAGGAUAAAGAAUGUAAAUACGAGAUUGACUCAUAAUUAAGCCUUUAAUAAGCAAAACUUAAUAAUAUUAUUUUUGCAAAAAGAAUUCACUCAGAAUCAGCUUCAUCUUAUUAUCCUAAAGUAAUAUGUUGGUUUAAAUAAAAUGGAGUUGAAUUAAGUUAAGGAGUAAUGUUAAGUUCAGAUUUUACAUUUGAAGAAGUAAUAUAAAUGAAUUUUCUAGGUAUUGCAUGAAGCUAAAUAAAAAAAUAUUAUACAAUCAAUACCACAAUAAAUCAAAGUUACAGAUAUUAACUAAACUAAAACUUUAGCAACAAUGAUGGAAAUGUAAAUGUGUAAACUAAUAGAUUCCAAAGAAAUAGAUCCUCAAUUACUAAUACAAUUUGAUACAAUUAAUUUUGCAUCAUAAUUCUCAAAUUAAUCCAAACUUAUACCUCAAAUUUAAUUAUAAUAAUACUAAGCUCAACCAAAAACUAAUUAGAUUGCUUUAUCUAAUGUUAAUAAUUAACAAUUCAAAUUCAUUUAACCAAAUCCUUAACCAUUUAUGCAAAAAUAAUUAUUUAAUAAGUUUUAACCUAUUUACAAUUUUGAUAAUCAAAUAAAUUAAUAAAACUCAAGAAUAUAACCAAAUUCACUUAAUUUAGGAUAUUCCAAAAAUAUUAUAACUAAUCCUUUUACUCCUAAUUCAAAUGGAAAUCUCUUAAAUUUUAAUUAAAAAUAACCUUAAUAAUAAUUAUAAAUUAAUAAUAAAUUGCAUUUCAAAGAGAAUGAAACAAUUAAAUAAUUAGAAAAUACUGCUAUUAAAAGUGUAGAAUAAAUGAUAACAAUUGGGAAGUUUAAUUUUUAAAUUAAUUAAUAAGGAGAUUUUGUAGCAUAUUAAUGUAGUUCUCCCUAAAUAUCUGGUUAUUUUUUAUAAGUUAAAGGCAAAAAAGGUACUUUAAAAGAUGAAAAAUAGUUUAAAUGGGAGAAUAAAUUUGGUGUCUAAAUAGCUGAUAAUCUUGGUAAAGGAUUUAUAAUUAAAUGGAAAAACAAUACAUAUAAUUCUUUAAUAACAUAUUUUUAGUGA